AUGGGCCAGGCCCUGCGCCGCGCCUCGGGGCGCCUGAGGCCUCCGCCCCCGGCGAGGCCCCCGCCCGCUCACCCUCCCCCGCCUCCACCACGGGCCGCACCGGCGGCCGCUGCCGGCGGCGGCGGAAGUCCUCCCCAGGACCGGCUCGACGUGUCACAGGAUGCUGUUACACCAUCAACAAAAGAUGCCCACGGUGUACUUGUAGAACGUGAUCCAAGUUAUGAUGACAUGCUUAAGCACAUGGUUGGGAGAAUCACUACUAAGCCUGGAGGAAAGCCAGAAAUGGGUGAAGUGAGUCAUGCUUCCGUCGUAGAGCGAUACAACAGGCCGCUUCCUAAGGUGAGAACAUCUGAACCCGAACCCGGGCAGAGCAGGCAGCUACCUCCAGGAACCCUGAACGUCGGGCACAUCCAGGAGAUCAUCCAGCUGUACCAAGGAAAGUCCAGUAGCCACCGCGGCCCGAUGAGUGUGGACCAGAUCGCUUCGAGGUUCAGAGUCGAAGCCUCUGUGGUCCAUGGAAUCGUGCAGUUUGUCUCGUUGCCGCAGGAUGAAGGCACCGAAAAGAAAGACGAACGGCGGGACCUUUGA